AUGUCGCACUGUCCAAGCAUACCUGAUGAAGAUUCGUCGAGCGAACCUGAGUCUUGCUCCGACAUCACACUCCUCGAAGACGCGCCGCGCUCACACCGUCGCGACUCACUGACCGCAUGGAGUGACGACGGGAAUGAUCCCGUGGCUCUCUCGUUCUUCCCUUUUCAUCUCAUCUCGGGCUGCAGUGCAGCUGAACGAGCCAUGUGUCAGUUUUCCGGAUCCAUCGCGUCCCAGACGCUGCAGGGGAGGAUUGGUCUGAAAGAGAAGCCCCGCGGUCCAAAUCUUUGGGCCGGCCGGGCGGUGGACCCUGGAGCGUGCCGUCAUCGCACCGCACCAAUUGUCGACAACACCACGCGACAUGCGACUGCGACGUCGAUAUUUGAUGAAGCCGGGCUGACUGCGCUAAUGACAGCUCCUCCGCCGCAUCUUGAGGUUGCGAAUGGCAAUGGCGUGGGAAAGUUUGCGGCCGGCGGUGAGAAGACGCCCAUGUUGGCGCAUCGCAUGAAGCACGACAAGAGCAUACUUGCGCUGGUUGUGUCGUCGCAGUACAUAUGGGCGGGCACACAGGGAGGAGAAAUACUCGUCUACAGUCUCGACACGUACGAUCGCCGGAGAGUCAUCCAGGCGCAUAAAGGCAGCGUGCUGGGAUUCUGUCUGUCGCAAGACCAGAAGCUGCUAUUCUCAAGUGCGACAGACCCAAUCAUCAACGUCUGGUGCACAUCCACCUUCCGACACCUCUACGCUCUUUGGUCGCCCUACGAUAUCGGAGACAUUUUUUGCGUCGCAUACUCGUCCUACCACCGCACUGUAUACCUCGGUGCACAGAACACAAGCAUACAAUGGUACGAUCUCAAGGAAAAGGACGCUCGACCGACUCCUUCCCUCGCUUCACACCCGUCAGAACGCAAGAAUCGCUUCUUCGACUCGCUCGGCCCCGGCGGCGUGCAGACACCAAAGCCCAGUGGUGCAGAAAAUAGGCCCAAGGAUGCGGUAGGAGGACAGGAGCUACAGAUUGACAGCCAGGAUAUUCACCAGUUUGCACACUUUGGAUACGUCCAUUGCAUGCUUCUUGGCAGGGGCAUACUACCUGAAGCACCCGAAGAAGAAGUGCUAGUGUCAGGGGGCGGAGAUGGUCGCAUACUCUUGUGGAGAAUAGAUCCCUCCAAAGGCGGUGCUAUUUCACCGAUAUGUGCACUCGAAGAUGGCAGAGAAGAGGGCGAGUCUAUACUAUCGCUCGCACGAGAAGGCACCUUCCUCUACAGUGGACGUUUCGACGGCGAAGUCAACGUCUGGGACCUUGAGACCAAACAGCUUGUCAGAAGCCUCAAGGCGAACACAGGCGACGUUCAUACCCUGACGCUAGGUGCUGGCGUGUUGUACGCUGGAGGCAAGUCGGGGCGCGUACAGAAAUUCAACGAACACUACGAGACCAUCGCGUCUUUCAAAGCGCAUGAUGGCCUGAUUCUCGCUUCAGCUUUCAUCAAGUACAAAGACAAGCCAACGCUGGUUACCGGUGGCAAUGACAACACCAUCGUCAUAUGGGAAGUCAGGGAUUGCAGCGAGCCCAACUCACUCGCCAAGAGGAGCAACAACGAUCUGAUGUUGGAGUCGUUGAACCAAUUCGUCUCCUUCCAGACUGUAUCAUCGAUGCCAAGAUAUCGCGCCGAUUGUCGGAGAGGCGCAUCAUAUCUGCGAUCAGUCUUCCAGAACUUUGGCGCUGUCACGGAGAUGAUCAAUACCGCCGAGCCAUACAACCCAAUCGUCUUCGCCAAGUUCAGAGGUAACCCCGCGACGGCGGCAUCGAGAAAGAAGAUUCUGUUCUAUGGUCACUACGAUGUCAUACCAGCUGAGAACGAGCAUCGGAAGUGGAAGCAUGACCCGUUUUCGCUGACUGGAGAGGGGGGCUACUUGUAUGGUCGUGGCGUGUCUGACAACAAGGGACCGAUCAUGGCUGCUAUCUACGCCGCGCAUGAAUUAGCCAAUGAGCAAAGCUUGGACUCGGACAUCAUCUUUCUGAUCGAGGGCGAGGAAGAGAGCGGCUCUCGCGGAUUCGAAAAGGCCGUACAAGCGAGGAAAGAUCUGAUUGGUGAUGUCGACUGGAUUUUGCUGGCCAACAGCUACUGGCUCGACGACCACGUACCCUGUCUGACCUACGGCUUGCGGGGCGUCAUCCACACCACAGUGCAGGUCGAAAGUAAGCAUCCAGAUUUACACAGUGGUGUGGAUGGUAGUGCCCUGCUUGAUGAGCCGCUGAAAGAUCUGGUCAUGCUGCUGUCGAAAUUGACUGGUCGACAUGGCAAAGUCCAAAUCCCUGGCUUCUAUGACCCCAUCCUACCCUUGACAGACGACGAGAAAGAGCUAUACACUGAGAUUACAAAAACUCUACUUCGAAGCAAUCCAGAUCUCGGCGACCCAGAAGAGCUUGCGCAGUCGCUUAUGCGCCGAUGGCGCGAAGCAUCGCUGACGAUCCAUCGCUUUCAAACCUCUGGCCCCGAGAAUUCCACCAUCAUCCCACGACUCGCCAAAGCUGCACUUUCGAUCCGUCUUGUGCCAAACCAAGAGGCAUCAGACGUAGCACAAUCCCUCAUCACAUACCUCGAAUCCGAAUUCGAAGAGCUCGACUCGAAGAAUAAGCUCAAAGUCACUAUCGACCACCAGGCUGAGCCAUGGCUCGGCGACUUCAACAACGAAAUCUUCCAGACUCUCGAACGCGCAAUCAUGAAUCGUGCAUGCCCUGAAAGCACUAGAUUCACCUACAACACCCACAUCAGCCAAAUGCACACCAGCAACAUCAAGCACCCUCGCGCAAUCCUCCGACUCGCGGCCGUCAUCAUCGAGUAA